AUUCGUGAAAAUGGCUACCUCAGGAGGAAAUAUCGAAUGGUCAACUACGAUAAAACCGAUUUUAACUGCGUUGUACGGCCCGUUUUUUGAGAAAAAUGAUGCCGUAGAAAUCAUUCAAGCGAUUAUCAAAAGCGAAAAUGAAUUUGUUAAUCAUGAGGAGACUUAUGAUCUGUUCUACACCUGCCUUGCGUGCUUAUCAGCACACUUUAUUAGCGUCAAUGCAAACAACUUACCAACUGAUCAGCUCACCACAGCCCGUGAUGCAUUCCGGAUUAUUCUUAGACAAAUUCUUAAGAAACUUUCAGAAACUAAUUCAAAAAAUACCACCCAAGGAGUUUCUGAAAAGGAGUUACUUCUACCAAUAAUGGGACUAUGUGGCCUUGAGAAUGGCGGAUACCAACAGUCAGAUUUGGUCAUUCUUACAUCUCUGUUGACGAUGUUGAAGGCUACCAAAGCUAUACCAAAUGCUAAUGGAGCAGAGACACUCAGCAACAAAUCUUCAGUGCUACCAAGCCCAAUAACAUCAUUAUCCUCUCAAACAACUGCAGCAGAGAAACAGGCUCCGUCCACCACACAGCGACGAUCAGACGCACUGCUGGAACAAUUGACUAUGCCUCUGAGAAACCCACUAACAUCUAUAUUGCCAGGCCAAUCUGGAUCAGGGCCGGCUAGCAAGGAUAGCCUAGAGUCCAAAGAUGGAAGCUCAUCGCAAUCGGCUUCUAUGGACAUGAAGAAAUGGAUGGCCACAACAUGCACAUCUUUGUUGAUGGAACUUGGAGCUGGUGCUACCAUUCUUAAGUUCUGCUCAUCCUUGCCGUGCUUCCAAAGAUACCUGUUGCGCUGGCAACGGGCGAAAGAGACAGCAACAUCACCACCUUUCAACACUGAGGGCUCAUUGCUUCACCUGCAUGUAAACGAGGUGCACGUGACCCAGCUAGCGCUGUCUCUGCCCUGUCUCGAGCCGUUCACGCCGGAGCGCAUCACCACACUCAGCGACAUCGCCGCCGCGUGGCUGCUCUGUGCCACUUCACAUGCUUCAAUACACCCAUCUGACGAGGAGAGCGAACAGGAGACCGCGUCGUUAGUGGAAGGAGCGCUCAGUCUGUACAACACUAUUGGAACGACGUUUAAACAAUCUACCCGUGCUGGAGGCUAUGUAUAUCAAAAUCACCUAAUGAUCGGUGCUUGGAUGCUGCUGUGUGGUCUACACCACGCGCUCGCCGGCACGCCCGUACCGACUGCGCCAGGCAAGAGUCCCGCUAAGACGCCGUCACGACCCUACAACUUGACUAAGAUGCAACAAGGUCUGGGCGCGGUGUGGGUAGCCCUUGGCGGACGCUGCCUGGCGUGGACGAGCACGCUGUUGGCGGACGGGCGAUUGGACGCGUUGGGGGCGGGGCAAACUGCGUCAGAGGCGGGGCAAACCGCAUCGGGGGCGGGGCAAACCGCGCCCGCGCCGCUCGACGUGGUGGCUCACCAUGCAGCGUUAGAGCGCGAGCUGCGAUUGGCGACAGCUGCGCCGCUGCAUCAGCUCAUGGUAGCGCUGGGAGUAGUAUGCUACCGCAAAGCGACAAAUCUGAAGCGAGCUGUAGUCCAGAAGCAACACGACAACGACCCCGACCGCUCCGACUCCACCGUCUACUUCCAAGACAUGAUACUGUGCUCCGAGGACUCGGAGACUGACGAUGACAGCGAGCCACUGUUCGGGCUGUGGUUCGAGUCGACGCUGGUCGCGCCGGACGCCGUGGAGGCGGGGCUAGCGCGGGCUCCUCCCUCCACCGCCAUGCAGCCGCCGGCGUCGCGCCCGCCCAACACUAUAGUGCCGGAUAAGGCGGAGCCGUAUUCUUACAUAACACUGGCAACGGAGGUGUUCACACUACUGUCUGAGGAGCUACUAUGCUCGAGCGCGUCACGGCUCGGCACGCCGGCGCUGCAGCUGCUGGACGCUCACCAGGCGCUGUUAGCGGCACUCGCUAAAGACCUGGAUAGGGAAACCGCACGCACUGAUACCGGCACAAUAUCGACAUGUUUCGGCGCGCGUCUCGGCUCUCUGUACGCGUCGUUCAGUUCGGCGCUGGUUCGCUACUUGCACAAUCUGAGCGGCGCGCCUGCGUUCGCCGCGUUGCAGCCUGCGUUACAGCAGCAGUUGCUGGCUGGGUCCGCCGACCGCGCCAACUUAACACCGCUUCAGGUGGGUCCUCGCGUAGUGAAGUUGCUCGGCAGCAUGGUGCUCAGCAAGCCGGCUGCGGACCGCGAGAACAGCAUCCUCGUGAUGUGGCACAAGAUCAUCAACACGCUGCAGGAGUGCGCGCUCACCGCUACACCCAGCCAGGAUCAUGAUUAUGAAGAUUUGAAUGUGGAACAUGCACAGCUUUUGGUCUACUUGUUCCAUUCCCUCACUCUAAUGCAGAAGAAAUCUGUUCUGCUGAUGACUGCAAACGCCAUUAUCAAGGUGGUAGAAACUCUCGGCAUCAACGACAGAAAGCGCGCCAUGAACCUAGCGGCUCACCAGCUGAUGUUGACGACCAGACUGAUGCUGCUGCUGGAGUACCUCAUGAAACAUCUGUACGAUGCGCCGCAGACGUUGUUACAACAGAUCGAAUGGAACCUGGUGAUCGCGCCGGGGCUCGCUCAACCGACCACCGAGACCGGCGUCAAGAACGACAACGGCCAGCUCAAGUCCCGCAUAUACUGCGAAGUGCCGUACAUAGAGCAGGCGUACAGACGCCUCUCGCAGGACGACUCGUCCAUGCGGCCCAAGUUCUACGCGCUGACUAACUCGGAGAUUAAUAAUCAAGAAAACCCAAAACUCGACGGUCUAGCGUGCAACUUCGUCCUCGGCACGCCGCACAAGCUCAAGUACCCGGUGCUCGUCGACGCGCUGCUGGCGUUGCUGAACAGCGCCGCGGUGUGCGACGCGACGCCGGCACACACGCCCCCGCCGCCGCUGCGGGCGGCUGCGCAUUACUGCUUCCAGACCGCGUGGAGGUUGGUAAUAAGUAUGCCGCCGGCCACGCCGCACAUGGACAAGUUACAAGCGGGCACGGCGGCGGAACUGCCGUCGCCGCUGCCGCUGCACGCCAUCAUUUGGGCGCCGCGCGCUGACAACAAGAAAGUGUUCAACCCCUGGCUGAAAGACGCGCUCGUCAAGCAGGGAAUGUAUACGCAGUAUGCUGAAAAUUUGCUGUCUGGUGUGAGCACUUCGUGCGACAAUAUUGAAUACAUUGCUUGGUUAGCGUCUGAAACGAUUAAGCAUUUGAAGGAAAACAUUACACCAAGCGGACUUCCAUCCUUAUUGGACGUGAUUUCGUGCGACUCCGCUUUUGUGAAGCUAAAGAGUUGCUUAGUGAAUAUCGAGGGACAUGCGUUCAUACCGAACUUGUUGAAUCUACUGGAAACAAUACUGGAUUGCUGUCGAUUAAGCGCGAACCUAGAGCUGGAGAGUCUAUCGGAGGGUAGCUACACGGAUACGGAGCGUGCGGUGUGGGCGGCGCGGCUCAGCGUGUGCGGCGCGUCCGGCCCCGGCGUGCCGACGCUCGCGGCCACGCUGAAAGACCAGGUGCCGAGCAACGUGGGCGCCGUGCUCAAGACGUACUCCGGACAGCCGCCGCUCGCUGAUAUGAAUAUUUCGUUCUAUGAAUCACACAUCAUACCAUCAGAGAGCUUUGUGCUGAACGUGGUCUCGUCGCACUGCGAACUGAUGACGAGCAACAGCAAGUACUCCAUCGGAACAUCACUAAUGAUGCUGGCCUACUCCACUGCUAAGCUGCUAGAAGUGGGUGCGAGCAAGAUAGCAGAUAACCCCGCACUGACCAAGAGAACAUUGGAGCUUAUUGUGCCGGCUUUGACGGACGGUCGUUUGGAAUUCCUGUCGGAGCCGCUGCACGCAACGCUUAACGCUCUGGUGACGCAGCCCGUCAGAGCGGAGCAGUUGCUUCAUGAACACAUACUCAAAACUACGUACGCUGUACUCGUGGACACGCUGCUACCAUCCACUGAGAAGACUUUGUGGUGCAUGGUAAAAUAUUGGGAGAAAGUAUUGGAUCGGCCCGCUGGACGUCUUGCGUACGAGAGCGUGUUCGCUGACAACUCGGGCUACUCGCUCGGCAAGAUACUGCUUUACGCUCCUAACACAAGAAAUCCCUACACGGAUAGAGUAAUAAAACUUUUCAUCAAGAUUUUUAACGGUUGCGAGAGCUCAGAGCUCAGUAGCGCUCUCUGCAUUUCAAUCUGCAAAUUUAUGGGUGUGGCUGACCAACAGAAACUUACCAACUUCUUAUCACACAUCUGUUUGAUAUCGCCAGCAGGCGGUAGUGGCGUGGUUAGUGGCAGUCCAGUAGAAACGGAGCUAUGUACGCCGACGUCUGCUGAAGGCAGCUCGGGCGGCGCAGCCAUGGCGCUCCGCAUCGCGAUACGCGGCGCGUUCCGUACCGACGACGCUAAUAGAAACGACCAAGAUCUACCUGUGUUCGAUGCACCAGUUCCAGCACCCAGACCACAGCUAGAAACAGCUCAACAAUCCGCAAACUCAGGUGUGCGGCGUAAAUUUAAACGUCAUUGUAUAGAGACAUGCAGCUGGUCUGAAGGUAGCAAGGAGAGCGGUGCGGCUGCGGCCACGGCCGAGGUGGUCACGCCCACUACGGAGAACGCCAACGACAACGCUACACUGCUGACGCUGUUGUGCAAGCACAUCGUGCAGCAUUGUGACAACUCAGUGAGCUCGCGAACGCUGAGCGCACUAGUGGGCGUGUGCGGUGCGGGCGGGGACGCUGCGCCUGCGCUGCUCCGUGAGUUGUGUCGACUCGCUGACGCGCACUCCGGUGUAGAUCACCGCAUACUGUUCCCCGCUGCUGUUAACUGGCUGUCUGCCUGUGUCGACAACCUGAGCAGCCAAGAGAUACUGGAGAAGCUGGAGGAGGGGCAAGUGGACGGCGCGCUCACACCGCAGAUCGAGUCCGCCUGCGUGUUGCUGUCGUACCUCGCGGACGCGCUGCACGCUAUUGGCACGCCGCAACCGCAUACAUGGCGCUCUGUCAGUCCCACGUGGGAGUCGCCCUCUGAUCUUGGAUUCGAUUUGGACUACACGGAUGAACAACAGGAUGAUGAUGAUACUAGCGCUGAUGAUUCCGAUGAAGAUGCAAUGCUUCAAUACAAGCUCUGCACGUUCACGGUGACACAACGCGAGUUCAUGAACCAGCACUGGUACCACUGUCACACGUGCAAGAUGGUGGACGGCGUGGGCGUGUGCACGGUGUGCGCGCGCGUCUGUCACCGCGGCCACGACGUGUCGUACGCCAAGUUCGGCAACUUCUUCUGCGACUGCGGCGCGAAGCCUGAUUCAAGCUGUCAAGCGCUAGUGAAGCGUUCCGUGACGCUGGGCGGCAAGGGUACGGGCGAGGAGAACACGCCGGCGCCGUCUCUGCGCCGUCGCCCGUCAAGCCCAGCCCCACCCACGCUGCUGGCCCCGCCCCGCAGACCUGUUUUGGCGCAAAACAUACAAGGCUGUCGCCAAUUCCUCCUAUCUUGGAGCGGCUGGGCGGGCUGCGUGGACCGCGUACGCAAGCUGCUCUGUGCGUUGGGCGGAGCUGCGCGCGUGGCGGCGGAGCGCGGUGCGGCAGUCGGUGCGCACGGACGCGCUCAGCGUGCGUUAGCGCAACUGCAUCUUGGCGAGAAACGAUUCACGCAUACGGAUGAUCUGAUGCUGGCUACACUUGGUUCGCAAGAGGGUGCGUUCGAGAACGUUCGCAUGUCGUACACGGGAGAAAACGGACAGACAAUCCGUCAACUGAUUUCGGCGCACAAGCUGCGCCGCGUCGCCAUGUGCUGUCUCGCUUCCCCGCACGGCCGCAGGCAGCACCUAGCAGUCUCGCUCGAGAAAGGAAAAAUUACCGUACUACAACUGUCAACGCUGCUCAAGCAAACUGACUCAACAAAACACAAGCUGACGCUGUCUAGACUCUCGUCAGCGCCCAUACCGUUCACCGUUCUCAGUCUGAGCGGCAAUCCGUGGAACGAAGAUCUACUAGCUGUGUGCGGACUGAAAGAGUGUCAUGUCCUAACAUUCAACAGUGGCGGCGCAGUAGCUGAUCAUCUAGUACUCUACACCGGACUAGAGGCGAACAACUAUAUAAUCAAGGCGAUCUGGCUCCCCGGCUCGCAGACGCAACUCGCUCUCGUCACAUCAGACUUCGUCAAGAUAUUCGACUUAAGCAAGGACCUGAAUAACCCUAUGCACCACUUCCUAGUUCCCAGUGGGAAGGUUCGAGACGUUACAUUCGUGAAUCAAGAGGGCACGAUGCAUAUGCUCUGCAUGAGUUCCGCUGGACACAUCUACUGGCAACCCAUGAGCGAGGAGUCGCGAGCCACUUUGGGUACCUUCUACGUCACCAAUACUCUUGAAGUACUUCACCCGGAGAUUCAGGACGUGGCUGGCCUAGUCGGUGGAGGCGGAGUGUCUAUCUACUACUCUCACACCUUGAAAAUGUUGUUCUUCUCGUACGCACAAGGCAAGAGUUUUCUGGCACCACUUAACACUGUUGAGGAUAGUGUUAAAGGUACAGCAAUGAUAUCGCUGUCGACGGUGCCGGUCGCCAAGGAAGGUGGGCGUGGCAAGGGCAGCGGCGCGCAGUCGCUCUGCCAGUGGGCGGAGGUGGCUGCGCAUCCGGGACUCGUUACUGCGCUUACGCAGGCCUCCAACACGCCCGUCGUGCUCAUGUUGACGCCCACUAACAUUUACGUGCAGGAGAUUAAGGUGGUGCCAGCAAAAGCUAAGAUCACAGACAUGGUAGCCGUGCGUCACUGGUGCGGCGGCGAGCAGAAGAGUACUCUCAUACUGCUGUGCGAGGACGGCAGCCUGCGUAUGUACUGCGCGAGCCCCGAUGCGACUGGCUAUUGGCUGUCGCCCGCCAUACAGCCCGUGCACGCACCGCGGCGCCGCACGCGCACGUCGCACCUGACGCCGCACGCUCGUAAACAGCAACAGGCUGUCACAAAGUCUACUACGAACGGAGCAACACAAUUCCCGAUUGACUUCUUCGAGCACUGUGUCGCGAUGAGCGAUAUUGAAUUCGGUGGGAACGACUUGCUGCAAGUCUACAAUACAGGACAAAUCAAACACAGGCUGAAUACCACAGGUCUCUACGUGGUGUCGACUAAAAUGAGUGGAUUUACAAUGGAGGUGUCCAACUCUGAUCCCAAUAUGGUUAUUUGUGGUAUUCGCGUCUUGUUGGGAAGCCAAGACAUCGCUCGCACUCCGGUCUACGUCGAGGUAUAUGGAAGAUCAAUUCAGACUAUUGUGGUGCGAAGCCGCUGGUUCGAUAUACCACUUACCCGCGAGGAGUCUCUGCAAUCAGACAAAAAGCUAGUGAUCACUUUCGGCCCGUCACAAGAUCCGGAUGGUGUCACCAUGAUAGAUUCUGUUAAAGUUUAUGGCAAAAAUAAAGAGCAAUUCGGCUGGCCGGAAGAAAACGAAGAUCCAUCCGCUUGCCCAUCUACAAGCAAAGUCGCUCAGGAGUCCGACGGCGGAGCGGGUGCCUGGCGUCCGAGCUCACUCGAACGUGUUGCCUGUGCGGCACUUGAGGCGCUCGAGCUAAGCGCGAGUGCGACAGUCGCGGGCGCAGGUGCCGGCGCGGAGGCGGGAGCGGACGCGGCACGCAAACUGCUGUGCGCGCCCGCGUCUGCGCACUUACAUGCGCGUGCGCAGUGCCUGCUGCGAGCGCUGUAUCAAAACCAGUAUCAUCAGCAUAAGGACAAAGCUAUACUGGACUACGUCAGCACAUCCCUGCUCGAGCUGCGCGACACGGCCGACGCCCGCAACAUCGACCCCGAGGCGUACUUCCGCCUGGUGCUGCUGGCGCGGGGCGUGGCCGUCGCCAGGCCACAGCAUCUCGUCAAGUACAGCGCCCCCACGCCGGCUAAACCCACUGAUGGCGACUGGACGACCCUAUGGCGGGAAUCGGGUGAUGCGUCAUCGCCUCACCUUGUCGCUCUACUUGCGGGCGUGCUGUGGAAGCUAGCAGCAUGUCGUGCGGCGGCGGUGGCGGGCGGUGCGGGCGGCGUGCUCACUUACGGGCUGCGGCACGUGGAGCAUACGCUACACGCGCUUGCAGACACUGUGCACGCGUUCCAGCUGCACGCUGAUAGUGAAAUGAUCGACUUCGGAAACCAAAUAUACCUGUCGCUCCUUUUGGCUGAGGACCAGACUAUCAGUUUCGGUGCCAAGUCGGCGCUCAUGCGUGUCCUACGGCCGCGAGUGAAGAGGCGGCGCGUAUACAUACCUUCCCCACCGAAUACUCCAGGCGCUGCGGCGGCUCAGCCCGCAGCUGCGAUCACGGAGGCGGUGACGUCAGAGGCGGAGCUAGCGGCACGCGACGAUCAACAGGACCAUCAGUUUAUGGACGUGGACGACGCCCUCGAACCCAUGCUGUUGGCGCCCGAUGGAGGCUUAGAAGCUCUACUCGACAUACCAGCUGACGCGGACGACGAGACGAUGGUGGAGCUGGCGAUAGCUCUGUCACUACAGGAGCAGGGCCGGCGCGCGCCCGCUCCCGCGCCCCCCGUGCCCGCACCCUCCGCCCCCGCCGACGCCGACACUGCGGAUCACGCUGAUGCCGCGUCGCCUACUGGAUCGGACGACGAAGGCAGCACAGCGGCGACUGACGGCAGCACUUUACGCACGUCGCCCGCGGAUCCGGCCGGCUCGGCCGCGUCCGACAGCGGCGGAUCCGGCGCCGACAGCAUCGGCGGAGCGUCCGGACGGAGCAGCGCUUACGGCGACAUCGCGGUAGCCUCUGGCUCUAUGGCCAACACUACCAUAGACGAUGCACCUCUGGCUGUCGCAGCGGGUCCAUCGAGUUCUUCCCAGCCAGUGGCAUCGACCUCUCGCGUCGUCGAAGUUGAGAAUGAAGCUAGGAAGUUGCACGCACUGCGUCUCUCGCUACUCUCGGCGGCGCUCGACGCAUUGCCGACCCUCAGGACACUGCCCGGUGUUAGAGCCAUACCGUUUGUUCAGGUGAUCCUUAUGUUAGCUGGAGAUCUCGACUCGAGCGUAGAAGGUGACAGAGUUGUACUGGAGCGUCUACUCGACGCCCUCGUGUCAGAACUGGGAAUGAAGGCCGAUGACGCUACCGGUGAGGAGCAAGCGGAGAGGCGCGAGUUGCAGCUGGCUAUAAUGCGCUUGGAGUUGCUAGUGUCGGAGUUGGACGCUCAGGGCGAGCGCGUGACUGGCGAGCGUGUAGCCCCGCCCGUUCACGAGCGUACUAACCGCCGUGAACUGCAGCUUGUCAUCAUGCGUGUGCUGAGCGUCCUCAUGGCACGCUGGAAGACGUGCGGCGCUAGUGGUGCGGGCGCGGCGCGGGCUGAAGUGGGUGGGGCGGCGUGCGCGGCGCAUGUGUCUCGACUCGCGGCCGCCGCCCUUGUGCGUGCGGGCGCGCCGGAACACUUCUAUGGCGUCCUUGCCGCUAUGCUUCCGUAUUGGAAGGAGCAUGCGCCAACAUCAUCUAGCUCUACACCCGGACAACAAACUCUGUUGAAGCCACAACCGCCGCAGCCACUGCCUGAUAUGCAACCGUUCUUUGUCAAAGAAUAUGUUAAGAGUCACGCGCUCGACGUGUUCGACAACUACCCGCAACUGCUGAUGGAGAUGGCGCUGCGGCUGCCGUGCCAGAUCCACAAGCACUGCGACCCCGCCCACUUCGACGCGCGCUGGCGCACGCUGCUGUGCGAGUACAUGAUGAACCAGCAGACACCGCUCAGGAAACAAGUACGCAAGCUCCUGCUACUUCUGUGCGGCACGCGCGAACGCUACCGCCAACUGCGCGACGUGCACGCACUCGACACGCACCUUAACGCCGCCAAGGCGCUGCUAGGCACUGACCCGGCCUACGAUAAGCUUGUAAAACUCAUGGACCAUCUUAAGGCGUGCGCGGAGAUCGUGAGCGCUCGCACGGGCAACUGGCAGGUGGCGUGCCUGUCGGAGCGCCGCGAUACUCUGGCGUGGCUGGUGCGGUGCGCGCGCCGCCUGCACCCGCACGUCGCGCCAACGCUGCUCCAACUGCUGCAAGCUGCGUUGUGCGCCCCCGCUGCGAGUGCCGCGGCCGCGCCUGCGCAACCCGCACAACCUGCUAAGGGUUCAAGCGAUUGGAGCGAACGCGAACGCAGCGCGGACAGUGACGUGGUGUCGGACGGCUCCAAGUUCCAGGAGUCACGAGUGCCGCAGCUCGUGCAGCAGAUAUUGAAACAGGUGCCACAAGAAGAACUGAAACUCUUCGUAAAGGCAUUCCUCCUUGAGACGAAUUCUACAGCUGUACGCUGGCAGGCCCACGCCUUGCUUCUGGCUAUUUACAACAACUCGUCGCAAUCAGACCAAUCGUCGCUCGUGUCACUGCUAUGGGGUCUGUGGCCGUCGCUGCCGCAGUAUGGACGCAAGGCGGCGCAGUUUGUGGACCUACUCGGAUACUUCACACUCAAGACACCUAAUAUUGAUACUGAGAAAUACAUAGGCAGUGCAGUGGAACUACUCCGCAAUCAGAACGCGGUGCUCUCGUCGCACGGCAACGCCGCGCUGUACGCCGCGUUAGGCGCCUUCGUCGAGCUCGACGGAUACUAUCUCGAAUCCGAGCCGUGCCUCGUCUGCAACAACCCUGAACUACCCAUGGCGACCAUCAAACUGCCUACUAUCAAGAUCGACUCGAAAUUCACUACCACGACACAGAUAGUGAAGCUGGUGAGCAGUCACACGAUAUCUCGCAUCUCGCUCCGCAUCGGCGACAUCAAGCGCAGCAAGAUGGUGCGCACCAUCAACUUCUAUUACAACAACCGCACCGUCCAGGCCGUGCAGGAGCUGAAGAAUAAACCUGGCAUGUGGCACAAGGCGAAGCGCGUGCAGCUGCAGUCGGGCCAGUCUGAAGUCCGCGUGGACUUCCCGCUGCCGAUCGUCGCGUGCAACCUCAUGAUGGAGUACGCUGACUUCUACGAGAACCAGCAGGCCACCGGUGAAUCUCUGCAAUGUCCUCGCUGCUCUCAGUCCGUGCCGGCGAACCCCGGAGUGUGCGCCAACUGCGGGGAGAAUGUGUUCCAAUGCCACAAGUGCCGCGCCAUAAACUACGACGAGAAGGAUCCGUUCCUGUGUCACGCGUGCGGUUUCUGCAAGUACGCCAAGUUCGAGUACACGCUGACGGCUCGGCCGUGCUGCGCCGUCGAUACGAUAGAGAGCGACGACGAACGCAAGAAGACCGUACACACUAUCGGUGCGUUACUGGACAAGGCCGACCGCGUUUAUAGGCAGCUGAUUGCCAAUAAACCUGUGUUGGAGUCCCUGGUGCACAAGAUAAGCGAGCAUCGCGUGGAGCGCGCGGACGAAAACAGCAACCCGCCCGGCUUCGGCGCGGCGCAGAUCAACCGCGUCAUACAGACGCUUGCGCACAAAUACUGCGUCGAAAGCAAAAGCCACUUCGAGGAUCUUUCCAAGAUCAUACAGAAGGUGCUGGCGUGCAGAAAAGAGUUGGUAGCAUAUGAUAGAUCCCAGAGUGAGCAACUCAAAGGUGACACUUUGCCGGUUUAUGCUGGUCUACUCCAGAACUAUGAUGGUGAUAUUACUAAAGGUGGCGGUGCCUGCUAUGGCUGUUCGCUGGCGUGCGCUGAACAGUGCUUGACGCUGCUGCGCGCGUUGGCCUCGCAACAUGAGCACCGGGCACGCCUAUGCCGCUUCGGUCUUGUGCACGAGCUGGUGCAUCAUAACCUGCAUCGCGGCACGCCACAGAGUCAAGAAGAGGUUCGCUCGCUCAUAUGUCUGGUGACGCGCGACAACCUGCCGGCCACCGAGCAACUGUGUACUCUACUCUCGCAGCGCAUUACACUCUCGCUGAUGGGACACGCGGCUUCGCAAGAUCAUAACAAUUCGGUGCGUCCUCUUGUGCUGCUGCUGGGGUCGUUAGUGAAGAUACCAGAUUCCGUGGAGUGCUGGGAAGUGAGGCUCCGUUGUAUUGUCAAGCUAUGGGUCUGGUGUUGCCCUCAACUGACCGAGGUGGCUGGUAUACCUCCGGCCGCCAAUGCCAUCCUAAAGGACGAAGUAUUAGCUGGUCUUCCCGGAAUCAACGCUUCAUCACCUAAUACACACCAGUUCGCACUGCAGCAGGUUGCUCUGCCUUGCCUCCGUUACAUGCAAGAACUGAUGGCCCCCGUUGUCACUACAACUUCUUCCAAUGAAGAAGCCAACAAGGAGACAAAAGAGGGUGGCGUCACGAGCGGUAUAGGAAGCGGCAGCGGCGGCGGUCUAGUCGUAGAGUUAGCCGCGUGGCUGGCGGGCCGCGUGCCGCAGCGGCACUGGCGCCGGCUGUCCGCGCCGCCGCAGUCGCCGCCCGCAGACCGCGAUCUACGUCUCGCAGCUAAAUACAGCGACAAGUGGAAGCGCAAGAUGAUGCUGUCGCACGGCAUGCGGCCGCUGUCGCUGGAGCCGGGCGGCUGGCUGCGGCCGGUGAUGUUCGACCCCAGCUCCCGCAUCGCGCGCGACACCGCCUGCCAGAUGGUCAAGUCGCUGUGCGACUCCUACGAGCGGACUAAGGCGGUAUUGAUAUUGCUGACGAGUUUCCUACCUGACGUUGGCAAGGCUGGGGAAGCUAGUGAACAAUUCUUACAACUGUACCAGACGUUGGCGUCUGAGACCCCAUGGAAGCAGUUCCUGGCGCUGCGCGGCGUGCUACAGCAGAUAGCUGACCUCAUGACGAAGGAGAUCGAGCAGUUGCAUCGCCUGGAGGAGUCCACUCUCACCUCCGAUCUCGCCCAAGGUUACGCUCUCAAACGUCUUACGGAGCUGCUAGCCAUGUUCCUAGAAGAGCCGGGCGCACGGCGCGCGUACAAGGGCCGGCUGGUCGGCGCGGUGCUCGGCGGAUAUCUAUCACUGCGACGACUUGUUGUACAGCGCACGAGACUUACUGAUGAUACGCAAGAGAAGUUGCUGGAGUUGUUGGAGGAGAUGACUACAGGCACGGAGACCGAGACGGCGGAGUUCAUGGCGGUGUGUAUCGAGACGGUGCAGAAGUAUCCCGUCCACGACCACCUCACACCCGUGUUCAUAUUCGAGCGGCUCUGCUCCAUCAUAUACCCGGAGGAGAACGAUGUGGGAGAGUUCUUCCUUACCCUCGAGAAGGAUCCACAGCAGGAGGACUUCUUACAGGGUCGCAUGCUGGGUAACCCGUACUCGUCGCUGGAGGCGGGCAUGGGACCGCUCAUGCGUGACGUCAAGAACAAGAUCUGCACGGACUGCGAGCUCGUCGCGCUGCUGGAAGACGACAACGGCAUGGAACUGCUCGUCUGCAAUAAGAUCAUGUCGCUAGACUUGCCCGUCAAGGAUGUUUAUAAGAAGGUGUGGUGCACAUCAGGCGAGAGUGUAGACGCGAUGCGUGUAGUAUACCGCAUACGCGGGCUGCACGGCGAUGCUACCGAGGAGUUUGUUGAGACGCUCAGCCAAACUAACGCUGAAGCCGUUGACGACGAACAGGUGUAUCGUAUGGCAAACGUGCUUGCUGAUUGUGGCGGUCUGGAGGUGAUGCUGCAGCGUCUAGCGGCAAUCGGGCGCGUGGCUUGCGCGCGUGCGCUGUGCUCGACUCUACUGCGGCUGCUGUCACUAUGCGCGCGCGUGCGGCGUUGCGUGAACGUGUUGACGCGUGCGCCGACUCGCGCGCUGCCGGUGCUGCUGCACGCGCUCAGCCUGGCCGCUGCUGAUGAACGCGACCAGCCAAGAGCACAUCUCGUGUAUCAACUUCUCGAGAUCAUGGAGCGCAUACUGUCAGUGGCGGCGAGCGAGAGCCUGGAGUCGUUCCUGCAGUUCUCGCUGACGUUCGGCGGUCCCGAGCACGUGCAAGCGCUGCUUAACUGCACCGAGCUGCCGGGUGUGCGAAACAAUUCAGUAGCGCUAGGCCAUUUGACGCGCGUCCUCGCUGCUCUAGUAUACGGGAACGAUCUCAAGAUGGCGAUGCUGGUGGACCACUUCAAGCCAGUGCUGGACUUUGAUCGACUAGACUCCGAGCAAUGGACCGAAGAAGAGUUCCGCAUGGAGCUGUUCUGUGUCCUCUGCGCUAAUAUCGAGAGGAACUCCAUAGGAGGCACCCUCAAGGAUUAUCUGAUAUCCCUUGGCGUCGUCAAAGACGCUUUGGAGUACAUUGUGAAACAUGCGCCAUGCGUUAAGCCCACGCUGGUGUGCACGGACUCUGACGAGCUGAAGGAGUUCAUUAGCCGGCCGGCGCUCAAGUACAUACUGCGCUUCCUCACCGGCCUAGCCGCUGACCACGAGCCCACACAGAUGCUAGUAUGCGAGAAGGUGAUACCGAUAGUGCACCGUCUCGAGCAGGUGUCGUCCGGCGAACACGUGGGCUCGCUGGCCGAGAACCUGCUGGAGGCGCUGCGCUCGCAGCCGCAGUGCGCCGCCAAGGUGCAGCAAGUGCGAGACUUCACCAGACAGGAGAAGAAGCGUCUCGCGAUGGCGGUGCGCGAGCGUCAACUGGGCGCGCUGGGCAUGCGCAGCAACGAGCGCGGGCAGGUGACGGCGCAGUGCUCCCUCACCUCGCAGGUCGCCGAGCUCGCCGAGGAGGCGGGCGCCGUGUGCUGCAUAUGCCGGGAGGGAUACAAGUACCAGCCUACUAAGGUGCUGGGCAUCUACACGUUCACCAAGCGCUGCCCGGUGGAGGAGUUCGAGGUGCGCGCACGCAAGACGCUCGGCUACACGACGGUGUCGCACUACAACGUCGUGCACGUCGAGUGUCACAUGGCCGCUGUUAGACUGGCGCGUGCUAGGGACGAGUGGGAAAGCGCGGCGCUGCAGAACGCGUCGACUCGCUGCAACGGUCUGCUGCCGCUGUGGGGGCCGCACGUGCCCGAGUCCGCGUACGCCAGCUGUCUCGCUCGACACACCACCUAUCUGCAGGAGUGCACCGGGCACCGCGACAUCGGUCAUGCGUGCACGCUGCACGACCUCAAGCUGCUGCUGGUGCGGUUUGCGCGCGGCCGCACCUUCCACGACGACACCGGCGGCGGCGGCCCGCUCUCCAACAUGCAGCUCGUGCCCGCGCUCGCCCACAUGGCGCUCUACGUCAUCAACACAACGCGCGUGGCCGGUCGCGAGGCGUCGGCGCUGGAGACGUUCAUGGGUUGGUCGCCGGCGCGCGUGCUGGAGGGCGCGCACGACGCCGACGGCCCGCUCUACUACCUCACGCUGAUGCUGCUGCUGUACCCGCAUCACAAAUGGCGCUCGGUUCGCGUGGAGAUGCUCAAGCGCAUGUUGCUGACGGCGCACGCGCGGGCCGUGUCGCCGGGCGCGCCGCUCCGCGCGCUCGCCGCCGACCAACGCGCCGUCCGCGCCUGGGCGGACUACAAGCCCUACGCCGUAUUCGUGGCGCUCAUACACCUGCUCUACACGGUCAUGUUCAAGAACGUGACAGCCGCAACAGUCGAGCUGUGGCCGGUGAAGCUGGCGGAGUACAUUCGUCACAACGACGAGGCGAACGCGAAAGCGGCCGAGAAGGUGGUCGCCGCGCUGACCGACGAGAUCCUGCCGUGUGCGUCCUUUGCCGAGUUCUGCGACGCCGCCGACCUGCUGGGGGAGAUCCCACAGCCGGACGAGUUCCUGGCGUCGCUGCUGCAGGCGCAACCCUGAGACGCAGCUCCGCCGUCGUGUCUUGGCUGCAUGGCCUGCUGAAAUAUGUUGUUUAACCCUAUUAUAACCGUUCGCAAGUUUCAAUUAAUAUUCAAAUGUUUGGUAUUUAUUUUUUCGCACUCUGUAGCCGCUUUCACGAUUAAUAUAGUUUUCGCUUUA